CUUUGCUAAGACGAUUCAGAUUGCUACCUAUUACUAUUUUAUUUUACGUUACAAUUAAAUUGAUAUGAUGUUUAUUUUGUUCGUAAUGACAUGUUUUAGAAUUGUGAAAUAGUAAAAGAUAAUGCUAUAUAUUUUCAUUCAUAAGAAUUGUAGUGUAUACAAACAUCUAUCUACGACACUUUUUAAAUGGUUAAUUGUUUAUAUAGUUAGUGUUAUCAAUUAGAUGACUAAUAUUUUAUUAGAAUUAGAUGAGUAAUAAAAUAUUUUACAAUAUUAUUCAAGAUGUCUAUCCAAACAAAUAUUGAUCAAUAUUUUAAGCUAAAAUUAAAAAAUAAUCAGAAAGUGAAAUCGCGAAAUUUUGUUGAUUUGAAAGAACUUAAAAGAUUGAAAAAGCAACCUAAGAAUAUAAAAUCACAAACAAAAUUUAGACAAAGUAACGAGAGAAAGCAUUUUUCAUCAAUUAAUACGUCAUCAUUUCAUACUAAUAAAUCAAUAGACAAUGCACAAAUGACAGAUACAGGUACUCAUUUUAUGGUAAAUAUAAAUACAGCUUAUGUAUCAGAUGAUCUAUUAGAUAAUGAAACUAAUGCAUUAUCAGAUUGCUCUAUAAUAUAUGAAAGAAUAUGUACAUCAAAUAAUAAAAAAUCAAUUGAUAAAGAAAAAGCAACUGAUUCUGAAAAAUACUGUAUAACAGAUUCUGAAGAAACUUGUAUCAAGAAUCAAUUACAAAGUUUUGAGGAACAAGUAUCGUCUAGUCACAAUGAUAAUGAACUUAUAAUGCAAUCUAAAUUAUUUGAAGAAGGAAGUAAUACAAGGUUUUCUAUGGAAGAAGAUUUAAAGAUAUUGGAUGUUGAAGAUAAUGGUAUAAGUAAAAACAAAUAUGACAUCUCUACAGUACAUAGUAGUCCUGUAAAAAGUAUAUUAAACUCUCCUUCUAAGCAAAGAAAUCUAACUUUCAGUCCAAAAAAAAGUUCUACCAAAGAAAUUUUGUCACAUAAUCCAAAAACUCAAAAGAACUCAAAUCUUUAUUUUCGACAAAUAGUAAAUAUAGAACUUACACAUACUGCAAUAGAAAAUAUGAAUUUUCUAAAAGAAGGUGCAAUUCUGGCUAAUAAUUUUGAUCUUCAGAAGAUAUAUGCUGAUAGUUCAUUUAUAUUUAAAUACAAUCGUGUAGAUACAAGAGCAUCUGAAAAAUAUGAAUAUGAUGAUGUGAUUAUACCAGCAGAAACAUAUGCAGCGAUUUUAUUUAUGAUAGUAGUGAAUGUUUUUUCAAAUCCUAUAAAUUGUGGAUAUUUUGAUAAGGAUGAAAUAGAUUUUAUUUUUUCUAUGUUUACACUUUCUAUAGAAGCUCAAAUGUUAUUUGCACGUAUCUUAAAAAGAAAAUAUUCAUGGCACAGAGUAGGACAUUUAAAAUACAACAAUUUAGCUGAUGAUUUGAUACCAGUUUGCAACGAACUUGUGUCAAAGUUAUUUUUUAUAUCUGAUAUUGAAAAUGAAGAAUUAUCUACUUCCCUUAAAAUGCUUCAAGUUGAUGAAAUUCGUACAAUUUGUAAAGACUUUAAGUUAAAUCAUAAUAAUAAAAAACAAUCGAUAAAGAAAUUAUUAGAAAUGGGAGCCAAAAAACCUCUUUUUCCUGGCAUGAAAACCUCAGGUGAUAGAUUAAAGUCAUUGAUAUCAAAUAAGUUGGGAUAUUGUAUACGUUUAAGUCAAAAGACCAAAGAUAUUUUUGAUAAGGUAUUAACAUUAUUAAUACCACUAUCUCAAGAACCACAAGAGACUGUAUCAGAUAUAUAUAAUAAGUUGAUGCAGAUCGAACUUAAAAAGAUGGUUUUUCCUAAAUUUUCUGAUAAAAGAUAUCCUAUUUUUAGCAACAGAAAUCAAUUAAUUCGAUAUAUUGAAGCAAAAAAUGAACUUACUGGUAUAAUGAAUGCCAUUGAAAAAAAACAAUGGGAGACUGUAAAAAAAAUUGGAAAGUUAGCUUAUGAUCAAUGGCUACUUAUUAUGAAAAAUGAAUUCACAUGUUUAGAAAACUAUGUGGUUCCUUUGCAUAUAUCUCGCUUUAUGCCAGGUUAUUUAUGGUUGAAAAUAUUAUCUAAAAGUAUAGAUGCAUUUAAGAAAGUAAAAGAGACAUUACCAUUUGCCAUUGAAAUUUUACAUAAAUUAAUAAAUCAAAAUUUUUACAUGCAAAGAAAAAAAGAAACUUGGUAUGCUGAAUUAGCAUUGAUAGAAAUGCAUCAUAAUAAAAAUUUAGAAGCUAGUGCAAAAAUAACGCUGAAGUCAUUGAAAAUUGAAACUUUAUCCGAAGUUGGUACUGCAGAACUUUUGGAAAGAGCAAAAAAACUUGUUAAAAGAAAAAAUGGCAUAAGUAAUACUACGUCGACUAAUAUUAAGACCACAUUAAAAUUCAUGAAUAGCAAGCUUAAAAGUCCAAUAUUAAAUACAAUAACAGUGGAAGCUACUUUAAUUAAAGGAAAUUUUGGAGUUAGUAAGAGCAAAUGGUGUACUGAUAAUAACACAGAUAAUAAAUCCUAUAUUUCAGUUGAAAAUGUUGCAUUAAACUUUUAUUAUAAUCAAGGUUUUAAUGGUGGAAUACAUUGCGAAGGUGCUUUACCAGUUACUUUAUUUUUUGUCUUAUUUUGGGAAGAACUAUUUAAUAUUGAUAUUCCUGGAGCUUUUGUGACAUUAUAUCAAACAGCUCCCCUAGAUUUAUUUACUAAAGAUUUUUAUAAAAAUAGAAAAGAAACAAUUGAUAUGAAACUUAAAUUAUUACGCAGUUUUGAUCCAGAAACUUUUAGUAGUAUAGUAGAAUAUAACUUUAUAUUGAACAGUCACUUUGAAUCCAUGAUGCAUGUUAAAAUGUUUACAAGUAAUAAUAUUAAAGAAAUCGUAUAUUGUUUAGGGACUGAAAAUGUUAUAAAAAUUUGUGAACGACUUAUUCAUAAUUUUACCUUAUGGAAAGCUGGCUUUCCUGAUUUGGUCAUAUGGAAUUCAAAUAAUAAAACUUGCAAAAUCGUUGAAGUCAAAGGACCUGGUGAUAAGCUUUCAGUGAAGCAAACAUUAUGGUUACAGUACUUACAUGAAAUGGGAGUAAAUGUGGAAGUUUGUCUAGUAAAAGAUAAUGGCAAAACUUACUGAAAUUGCCUUGUCGCCGGAGUUAUUUCAAUAUUAAAUUCUGCAACUGGUACUCCACGAUUUGCUACUUGUGGUGCAAACAUUGCAGCUGGGUAUACAAUAGAAGAUGUUCCAAUUAUUAAACAUACAUCGCAUGUUUCAACAAUCUCAUCUGCAGAUAAUUUUAAUAAACAUCAAAUCAUUUUAUUUCAUUAAUUAAAAUAUAUUUUAUAAGCUUAAUUAACCAUUGAAUAAACAUUGAAUAAACAUUAACACUGGAUCAUUGAAUAAAUAUUAACACCGGAUCAUUGAAAAAACAUUGUUGAAAAGUACCGAAAAGGGCAAUAAUUCACCAUCAGUUGUCCGUAACAUUUGGAUGCACUGGGAUUUUUCGAUAAAUGAAAUUUAAACAGCGUGAUCGCGCUGCUAAAGUUACAUUUUUAUAUCGAAUGAUUUGGUAUAUUUAUAUUAAUAUUUUUAUUUAUAUCACAACUAUAUUAUACAUAUAUUAUAUAUAUAUAUAUAUAUAGUAAUAUAUAUAUAUAUAUAUUACUUACAAGCUUUACUAAGUACAGAUUCAUUAAGACUUUCACCAAACCAUAUAAUAUCAGGUCUAAGUAAACCAUUGCAAUUUACAUUCUCGCAUCUAGGAAGUUCUUCUAUUGGAAUGGUAGAAGAUGUAAUAUUUGGAUCUGGUGCUCUAUUAUGUAUAAUGAUAUAGUAAAAUAUAUAAAAUAUAAAUUAUAA